AUGCCGGCUUUUGCCGCGCUGAUCCGGCCCGGAGAAGCUCCCGUUUCCCACGGUGGUCGUCUUAUUGGCGGACGGCUUCCAUCGUCCGAAGUCUUCAUCUCCCUUCAUGAUGGCGGUGAUAGGGAAGAGGCCGUUCUACCCUCUCUCGUUCAUGCAUUUAUCGUGGUCGUAAUUGCCAUCAGCAUCCAGCUGGCCAUCCAGGGUGAGCUCGUGGCGCCACUCAUUAUGCGUGACAGCUCGAAUCGAAUCGAUCCUUCGAAGCAUGAUUACCCUGACAAGUCGGCCUUACACAUCUAUGUUUUUCCGUGCACCACGUCGGACACUUUGCACCUACUCUUUAUCCCCGCGAACCGCGACUGGUCUUGCCGAAGACAACCGGGACUUUAUGUCACUGAAAAAAACACACCACCGCCGGUACCUCCAGAUGUUCGAAGGAGUUCGCAUCCAUCAUCUAUCAUGCUCCCCCCACCGCUGCCGGAAGUGGGACUUCCCAAACUCCUACCUGUCAGAACGCUUGAUGAAAAGGAUGUAAUGACUUUGACAUAUUAUACAUCCGCCUUCCUGUUAAUAUCAAUGCCCAAUCGCGAAAGUAUGGCUGCGGCUGCGUCGUACAUCUGCAUCACGAGAAUCCUCUCUGGUCCUCACUCUUGUACCCACUAA